GGGUAUUUACAUGUACGAUUACAGGUAGCUUCUUAUGUAAAUUGUAAAACAGCCUUAAGUGAUGUACAUAACCUAUGUGCAUAAACGCGCAAUUAGUGAAAUUAGUAAAUUAAAAGGAAGGAUUGAAGGUGUUUUAAACUCCUUUUACCUGAGAAAAACUUUAAAAACCCAUCGUGUGAACAACAUAUUAUACUUGUUAAAUCUACAAAUUUGAACUUGUACAUAUAAGUGAUAAGCUAUACAAAAUGGCACAGGGAAAGCUUAAAGUUAAGACGAAACUGCCGACAUCAGUAAAGACGAAAGCCAAUAAAGGCAAAGGCAAAAAGGGCCCUGCUAUCCAAAGACGUGGAAAUGCCCCUGUUCAACCUAAGAAAGCGAAGUUACAAGAAACACAGAAAUUGAAGAAGAUGAUCUCAAAAACUGUGAAUACUGUAAUGGAAGAUGAGUUACGAGAGAAAGCUUUAGAUGGAAAGAAAACUCUCGCAAAAAAGAAACCUUCUAAUUCGAAAAAACAAUGAUAUGUUAAUUAUUAUUAUA